AUGUGCCGGUUAGGGGGCUACAAACCAGCUAAUGAAGAACCCUCAGAAUACCAGACCAUCCCGCUCAACAAAAUUGAAGACUUUGGUGUCCAUUGCAAGCAAUACUACUCCCUGGAAGUGUCCUACUUCAAGUCUUCUCUGGACCGGAGACUGCUGGACUCUCUGUGGAACAAGUAUUGGGUCAACACACUUAGCAGUUCAAGUCUGAUUACCAACGCUGACUACACAACGGGACAGAUCUUUGAUUUAUCGGAUAAGUUGGAACAGAGUGAAGUGUGCUUGGGUCGCGGCGGCUUCAUAGUGCCCGGCGCGGACCCCCACGAGAAGCGCACGGAGGACAAGCUCGGCAAGGCCACGAAGGACGCGUGCAAGACCACUAUCGAGGUCAUACACGGGCUGAUGGCGCAGAUGAUCAAGGACCGCCUGUUCAACGGCGUCAGCGGCCGGCCCGGCCCUGCCACGCCCAUGAUUGAGGACUCCUAGUGUACCAUAUAAGAUACUUAACUAAAAUAAUAUGUCAGCGUUGAAGUGGAGGGAGAUUUCUUCACUGCUACACCAGAGGGCCUAGCCAAGUGACAAUCGCUGAGACGUCAAUCGAAAGUGUAAUAAUAAAUGGAAAUGAUGACGUGCAUUUUUGUUGUAAGGUAGUUGGUACUGGUGCUCGACGCGGUCCUAGUACUUGUCAUCUUGAAACUAGUCUUUGUCAUUAGAGGUGACAGCCGGGUGUCAUGCAUCUAUUGGGCAUUAGCUUGUGGAGCACUAGUACCUCCUACUAGUACCACCCUUUCAUCCCGAUACGUUUUUCUUUUCUAUUGGCGUUUGUCGAUUGGCUUGGUCCCCAGCGCGAAAAUCAUAACCAAUUUUCGUUUUUUUUUCUCUGCGCGCAUAAAUACCUACCACAAACUUCUGAACGUGAUUGCUGUCAAGGCGUUCAGAUAUUUAUGAUCAUCCCUUGACUGUUGUGGUGUAUUGAUCUAUGUAUCUCUUUGUUGCACCUGUAUAUUAUUUUUAUUGUACACACAGAAAGUUGCAAAAGUACACACCGACUUUAUGAAUGAAAUUAAUUCAUAAAGUGGGUAUGCACAUUUUCAGCUUGCUGUAUAUUUGUCCAGUGUCUGUAAUAUUGACGUUGGGAAUAUUCAAGUUAAAUAACUUUGAUAUACUUACAGGUUGAUUGAAUAUUUCCAAAGUUAAUUAUAAACAUUCUAGUGUAUAAAUAUUAUUGUGAUUUUUGUAACAAAAACUUAUAAUAAAUAUGGAAAAA